GUCAAAGUGAUGCUGCGAUUGUGUUCGGUUCCUAUGUCUGACCCGUCUCAGUCCUACUCUUUCAAACUGGACCGGCACAAGAAACAGAUCACAGUGCUGAAUGUACCCACCUUCAACCCUCAGAGACAGACUGCUGGAACUACAGUCUCCUCAAAGACCUUCACCUUUGAUGCUGCCUUUGGCCCUGAUUCAACCCAGGCAGAAGUUUGUGAGAACAGCUUGUGUGAAGUGCUCCAGUCUGUGCUUGCUGGAGCUGAUGGUUGCAUCCUAAGCUUUGGACAAACCAGUGUGGGCUUCCAUAACUUUGCGUCCCAUGGUGUUGACACAAAAAGUGGAGGGAGACCACCACAUUGUUGUCACAUGUUCUUCACCCUCCAUGUUCGCCAACAGCACAUAGGAAGCAGCACCAAAUCCGGGAUGAAUGUGGAUCAAAGCAAGCUGAGCCUGAUUGAUUUAGGGAGCUGUGUGGGGGAGAGGGAAGAAAGCAACUGUGGAGUCUGCCUUGCUGAGCUUGGAAACUUUAUCACAGCCAAUCUCAACAGACAUAAUCACAUCCCUAAUAGGGGAAGUAAAUUAGCCAUGCUUUUGCAAGACUCUCUGAGCAAUGUCAACUGCUCCACCACAAUUAUUGCCCAUAUAUCCACCUUGUCUGAAGACCUUACAGAAAGCCUUUGUACGAUGCAGACGGUGACUCGAAUGCGAAGUCAGAAAAAGAAGAUAAGGAAAUCUUCCUCAAGCUCGCCUGGAGGAAGAAACUUAGGCAACGAGAGGAAAUUUAAUAAUUCCACUAAGCUAAGAUUCCAAUCUACAGGGACACUGGAUCAAGAUCUCUCCUCUCCUGGUUUCUCUAGUGAUCCAGCAUUUUAUCCUGGGAGUGAUACGUCUUGUGAUACCAUUAUCUCUGUGGAUCCUUCUGGCCUCCUAGAUAAAGAAGUUACAAAUAGAAGCAGAGAGGUUUUGCCUAUUAUUCCAUCCUUACUCAAGAGCAAAUUGGAGUCCAAGAAGCUCUCGCUGAUGACGUUUUGUGAAAUCUCUCCACCAGUUGCCAAUCGCAUGAAGCAGAUAUCAAAAGAAAAGGCUAAAGAAGAGUCAACACCUACAAUAUUGCAAGAUAAAUCAGAUUUUGAGUGUCUGAAGUGCAACACAUUUGCAGAACUCCAGAAUCGACUGGGAAACAUAGAUGUAACAGAGUCAGAUCUAUGCAAAGAUCAGGAAGUGAAUGCUAUGAACAAAUCACCUCACUUAAGCCAAACCGAGAAGCAGUCCAAUUCAAUAGACAUUCAAGCAUCAAACAACAGAGAAUCCAAUAGUACCAGACAAGGAAACUCCUCAAAAACAUUUGCGAUAAUUCACAACAGUGAAGAAACUCCAAGUACCGCCAACUUUCAGAUUAUUCAGAAAUGUCUGCCACAGUUAGAUGUCGUCAAACCAAUUGAUCCCAUGCUAUCUAGCCAAUCUCCUAGCAAAUCUAAGCCUCAUAAUAAAAUAAUGAAUGUGAUGCCCACUUCACUAUCUUUGAAAUUGGAAGACCAAAGUAAAAUGAGAAUAUUUGAUGAUUCUACAAUGCAAUCUGAGACACGAAUUUCUCCCAUCGGCAAGAGUUCUCCGAGAUCUACCUCAUCCUCUUCUUUUUCAUCAUCCCUAUCUUCUAGUUUGAGCUCCCCACCGGCUGUUUCUGCCUCUUUGAAUGAAGACAUUCCACAUUGUACAGGAAAAAAACAGAGAGAGAUGAGGGCCACUAUCACUGUGACUGUUCAGAAGCCGCUGGAUCUUAAUGGACAUGAUGAGCUUGUCUAUACCGUGGUUGAGGAGGUAACAAUAAAUGGGGCCACUGAGCAAGGAAAGGCACAAAUAUUAAGUAUUCAUGAGUCGCACUCUCUCCAGGCUUUAACGCCAGGAAGUCAGUCUGUCAGGAUUAUCGGCAGCAUAGGUGAAGAACAAACAGCGAGUUUUUGUAGUUCCGACUCUAAUACACAAAUUUCAGAGAAUGAAGUCUCCAUGGCCUCAUCAGAUGCAGCUGUAAAACACACAAAAAUCAAUGCACAUAUUGACAAGGCAAGUGACUUCAUUGAUUCGAAAAACCUGCCGCAGCAUGAUACUUGGUCUGAGGUGCCCCUGACUGAAGAUGUGAAGGAGAUACGUAAAGGAGACAUUGUUAAACUUGACCCUCCCUGUGAGGUCUCCAAGUCUAGAAAAUAUGCUUGUGAAAUUAAACCUGAGCAGAGCUGGAUGUGCCAAAACAACAAGAGAGACGUCAAGGAUGUCCCUCACAUGAAAACAGAACAAAAGAACCCACAUAGUCCAAGAGAAACUUAUGAGAAGAAACAGUAUACCAAGAAAGACAGUCUUGUGGAAUGGACCAAAGACAAUAUGCCAUCAACGUCAACAAAUAGUCCCAAUCUCAAGAGAAAAGAGACAAAAGAAGAAUCUGGAAUAGCCGGAAGUGCAAUGCUAUACCUGGCUACUGAAACUAAGACCAACACUAAAUCUCAUUUUGAGGAGAGCAGCAAGUUGUUUAAUGCAAAACGGAAAGCAUUAUCCGGCAGGAGCCAAACUUGGGAUCAUAGGAAGAGCGGGCGCUUAACAGGAAGCUUGGAAGGUAAUUCUAGCUCAAGACUUAAAAGCAAGUUCCUCGAAGAGACUGCUUUCAUCAAUAUGGCUCCGAAAGGCCUUUUAGAUGAAGAUUACAUUUCAGCUCAACCCAGCCCUCUAGGUUUUAAAGAAGACUUUGAGGACUUUGUAAGGUGUCGAGCUAGUCAGAGUCUCGGGAGGGUUCCACGGUUCUUCCCAAUGCAUGAUGCCAAUGAUGCAACCCGGCCAUCUAAAAACGGUUACUCUAAGAGCACAUUUGUUAAUAAAUUCAUGCCUAGUUCAAAGAUCCACAAGAUGCCAAUCUUGUCUCCCAAACCCUCUAGACACUCAAUCAACAGGAGCUCAAGCUUUUCUCCUAACGGAGCACCUGUCAGCCAAAGCUCCUGGUCAACACUCUCCCUAUCCCGAAGUCAAGACAACAGUGGUUUGAAGUCACCCGGUGCAGUCCGGCAAGGAAGAGCUGAGCUUUUAAGAAGCAGUAGAGACUCGCUUUCUGCUUUUAGUCAAGGUGGGUCUGAUUUAGAUGAAUGUGAGGAACUGGGGACGAUGAAAACUUUCGUUCACACAUUGCCGUCCCCAUAUAGCCGGAUCACAGCUCCACGGACACUACACCAUUGCAGCGGCCAUGCCAGCGAUACCACCAGUGUUCUCAGUGGAGAGCUGCCUCCUGCCAUGUGUAAAACAGCUUUACUCUAUAACAGGGUCAGUAGCGGCUAUGAAAGCAUGCUUAGAGACAGUGAAGCUACAAUCAGCAGCAGUUCAACCCACAACUCCAUCAGCGAUCAGAGCUGCUCGCUUGGUGCUGCUAAAGGCAUGAGAAGUACAAAGAAAAGAACCAACAUAGGGUCCAGUCUAAGACUUCCAUCCCAAGAAAACCUCCUGUCGCUGAAGAGAUCCGUCAGUGGGGCCGAAACGCACCGGGUGGAUCGGGGUGGUUCCGACUCUUAUGAAAUUAAAGUCUAUGAGAUUGAUAAUGUAGAUGGCGUACAGAAGAGAGGUGGGGCAGGGAACAAGGGUAUAGUCCUCUUUAGUGCAAAGCUGAAAUUCCUGGAGCAUCGACAGCAGAGAAUAGCAGAGGUGAGGCUCAAGUAUAAUGCUCUCAGGCGAGAGUUGGAACAUGCCAAGCAUCAUCUGAUGUUGGACCCUGGAAAAUGGACCCGUGAAUUUGACUUAUGGCAAACGUUUGAGGUAGACUCCCUGGAGCACUUAGAGGCUUUGGAGCAAGUCACUCAACGGCUAGAGCGUCAUGUUAACCUCUGUAAAGCGCAUGUCUUGAUGGUCACCAGCUUUGGCGUUACACCCAGAUGCAGACAAAAGUUGCGGCAUCGGCCGACGGUAGAUCAUGCAGCGUUCGUUGGAAUAUAG